AUGUCGUCAUCAUCAACAAUUUGGUUAAUAACUGCGGGUUGGUCUGAUACAUCAUUUGUUGAUUUUCUUGUUCGUUCAUCCGAUUCAUCAAUAACACGAUUAGAUGUUUAUCAUUGGUUUUUUACUCAUAUUCGUGAUAAAAUUUGUCUAUUCGAUUAUUCACCACUGGAAAAUAUCGAAGGCGAUUUAGAUUUAACACAAAUAUUCAAUAAAAACAUUGAACAUGAAAACUUAAAUAUAAAUUAUUUCGAAGAUUUUAUUGAAUUAGAUAUCGAAGAAAUUGAAUUAUUUAUGCGUGAAAAUGGUAGAGCACAUGGCAUGGUUGUUACCAUUGAUAAGGCUAAAGAACAAAAUUAUCAUAUAGUCAAUGUUGAUGAAGAUGCUAUGUCAAUCAUAUGGAAAGUAACAUAUAAUCCGCGUUUUUUAACUUGCAUACCACAUAAUAAAUUACCGAAUCUUUAUGAUUUACAACAAACUACACGAUCAAAUUAUUUAUGGCAAAUACGUGCUAAGCAAGAACAUCAAGUAUAUCAAUAUAUAUUCAAUAAUUUAAAUCUAUUCAAUAUAAAUAAGUUACCGGAACUAGUGAAUAAAAAACAAGAUGAUUUAAUUCAACUCGUCGAAUUUCCUUUAGAAAAAACAGAACAUAAAAUUAUAAGUGAAAUGAUUAAUUUACAAGCUUGCAAUCGAAAUGAUCAACAUGACCACCAUCAAUCUGAACUACAAAAAUUUAUUAUUUUAGUAGAACCAGCAUUGAAUUUAUUAGAUAUCAUCGAUAUAUAA